AUGCUGCAGACAAAAAGCGAAGAGGCCAACCUUCUCGCAGCAGCAGGCAGCGACAAGCUGGCCAGCAUUGAUGAGAGCCACAAGGUGGAUAAGACUGGACACAGAGAGUUUGGCGGGCCUGUCGGUGUCACGGCCCUGAUGUUUGGCUUCCCUUGCUUGAUGUGGUACCUCUGGGUCAGCUCGACCUUCUACGACGGCAAGUUUGCAACGCCAGCUGCCAGUGAAUCGUUGGCUGACUUUGCUCGCAAGGUCGCGAGUCUCGUUUACAAGCAUGCAUUUCCGACUGCAAAAGCCUGGGCCAUCUACUGGGGAUUUAUUGCUGUUCAGGCAGUCUUCUACCAGACCCUGCCAGGCAUCUACGUCAAAGGUCUUCCGAUUGAGUCGCAAGGCGGCAAGAAGAUGGACUACUACUGCAAUGCAAUCUGGUCUUUUUAUACUUCCAUGGUGCUUGCUGCUGUCUUGCACUUCACCAAUAUCUUCCGCAUCACAGUGCUCAUUGAUGAAUUUGGACCCAUCAUGUCAGUCGCCAUCCUCUCUGGCUUCAUCGUCACCAUUGUCGUUUACGUGGCUGCUCUGGCUCGCGGGGAAGAAACGCGUAUGACUGGCAAUUUCGUGUAUGACAUCUUUAUGGGCGCACCCAUUUGCCCACGUAUUGGCCAGUGGUUCGACAUCAAAAUGUUUGCCGAGGUCCGCAUCCCUUGGUUCAUGCUCUUCUUCAUGUCUGUUGCUGUUGCUGCUCGUCAGCACGAACAGUAUGGUUACAUCACGCCACAGGCCUGGUUCAUGAUUCUCGCUCACUACUUGUAUGCCAAUGCGUGUUCCAAGGGCGAAGAGUGUAUUGUGCCAACGUGGGAUAUGGCAUAUGAGAAGUUUGGCUUCAUGCUCGCCUUUUGGAAUAUGGCAGGUGUGCCGUACACCUACAUUCACUGCUCCCUCUUCAUCGCCAAUAACCACCCAGACACGUACCGCUGGUCCACCACCACCAACAUUUUGCUCUUUAGCACACUACUUGGUGCGUAUUACGUUUGGGAUACCUGCAACUCGCAAAAGAACCGCUUCCGGGCACAAAUGUCUGGUCAAAUCACGCUUCGCAAGACUUUCCCACAAUUGCCAUGGGGUACCAUCCAUAACCCAGACUACAUCAAGUGUGCCAAUGGUGGCACGUUGCUCACAUCAGGUUGGUACAGGUACGCUCGGAAGAUGCAUUAUACCGUGGAUUUCGUGCAAUCCCUAGCCUGGGCACUCAUGUGUGGCUUCAAGUCUCCAAUCCCUUACUUUUACCCAUUCUUCUUUACGAUUGUCUUGAUUCAUCGCGUAUCGCGGGAUAUUGAGCGAUGCAAGGCAAAGUAUAGUAAGGAUUGGGAUACGUAUGUUGAGAUUUGCCCAUGGAUCUUCAUUCCAUAUGUGUUUUGA